ACAAUGCCACCCACAGAAUCCGACAUCCUCACAAACUACCUCCUCCAACCAGCCCCCCUCCCCUCCAUCCUCACAUUCAACCAAUUCGUCCUCCUCUUCCCGCGCCAGCUUCACAACGCGCCGCAGCUGCGGUCCCUCUAUCGCGACCUGCAAGCGCAGCGGAACUCGGUCAUCGAUGCCGUCUCCGCCAACGUCGAGGCCGAAGUGAAGCGCGGGGCCGUCAUGAGAAAGGAGGUCUUGCGGCUAAAGAGGGAGGCGGAGACAGAGGAUGUAGAUGGAGAAGUUGAGAUGGAGCGAGCGGUAUUUGGCCAUGAAUCGGGUUUGAAGAGCACCACGCACAGCAUCCACUCCGUGAUCCCCGAGCUCGAGGGCGCGGUAGGUGCUCUCGAAGCGGAGAUCAGGAGGCUCGAGGAUGAAGAAGCAGCACUCCAGGAAUCCAUCCAGCAGACGGUUGGCGGGUUGAGCGACCUCCGCUACGGCAAAAUGGCCAACGGCAAGCUCCGAGACGAGAUUGUUGACGGCUUGAAAACACUCCAGGAAGCAUGCGAAAGCAAAUCAUGACUGCAACUCAUUCGAACUUUUGUUGGUCAUAAACAGCUACAUAACUCAUCGUGCCCAAAAGCCAAAAGCUUAUGACACCAACAGCUCUAGGUUGGUAUCACCCAAAGCGAACAAGCCGUCGGGGGUUGCUCCCCGUCUUCAAUCAUGUACAUCAUAUCAUUUAAUGCCCCGGAUUAGCACAAUAUCCCGGUCCCGCCGAUUGCCACUCAACCAGCUCCUUUUUCUUUUCAUCCCAAGCUCGAUUAUUUGGGUUGGGCAGCAGCGGGAGCGCCUCCAGGAGCACCAGGUUGUCGGUUGCGCUGUUGAGCACGGUUGCCCCUGA